UAUAUAACUACUAUUAAAGUUUCAUUUUCUACAGGUGACUUAAAAUUUUAUUUAGAUACAAUGUAAAUUCAAAUAUUCUCUGCUUUAUCCUGGCUGUUAAAGGCUCAUAAUGCCUUUUUUUAAAAUGUGGCUGCCACUUUUUUCCGCUAUGAUCAUAAUAUACAUUAAUUUCUGGUUAAAUCCUGUUUCUGAUAAUUACUUUCUUUAAAAUUUGUCACUGGUUUGAAUAUUGCUGAAUGUACUAGGAUGUUUUAUUGAAUCUAUUAUUUUUUAUUACCUCCCUUCAUGGCUCUAACUGUAACAGUUCAUGAGCAAUAUUAAAGCUGUACUUUUCUAACCUUGUAAGUACGCAUAACAUCUAUUUUGAAAGCUGUUUCUUUGUUUUAAAAUGAAAAUUGAAAGCACUAUGGACCUUUAAAGAAUGACAUUGAGGAACACUAAAGUGCCAUGAAACAGAAAAUAAAUCUAGCAAAACCCGCCUCUACCAGACGUCUCAAGGCUUUGAUUAUAUUAAACAGAUGUUUGUUAUAACAAAGUUUCAAAAUAUCUUUUUUAUUGGACAAUUAACUUAAUACGACAUAUUUGAAUCAAAAAAGGUUCUAGUUCGAAAAAUCCACCAGUGUAGUUACAAUUAUGGUAACAUGAUAUAGCAGUUUUUAUGUUAGAUUUUAAUUUAACACAUCUUGUAUUUAAUUAACGAGAAUACCCUUUUUUAUUUAAGCUGCUGAAUUAGUUUUAAAGAAGCAACCGCUUAACAUAGAUGGACAAAAUGUAGAUGUAGAACUAUACAAUCAACCAAAGUCAGUUAAAACGAUCGCAGUGACAGGAUUCUCAGAUGUUAUAACAGAAAGACAGUUUAGCAUGGUGAAAAUGUAUUUCAAGAAUGAGAAGCGAUCUGGUGGGGGAAAAAUUGUCAGGAGUUCUUUCGAGCGUGGUGUUGCAUUUUUCACGUUUGAAAAUGCCGAGGUAACGGAAAGAGUUUUGGCGAGAAAAACGCACACAUUUGAUGGACACCAGUUAGAUGUUAGGAUGUUCGAUGAUACAAGCUAUCCGCCACUGAUCAAUCAGAACAGUUCAGUCAUUAUAUCUAAUAUACCAGAAGAAGUAACCGCUGAUACAGAAUACAUGACCUCCUAUUUCAAUGAUGAAGAUACUUUUGGUGAGGUACUGCGAGUAAAAACUGUUGAUUUUGACACAGAAAAAAGAAACGCUAUCGUAGAAUUUGUGGAUGAAACAGCUGUAGAAUUAGUACUUGAACACCAACCAUUAUAUAUGGGACGAAAACUAAAUCGUUUGUGUAUUGAGAAGUAUUCUACUAGAGAAACGAACACAGAGACUACUUGUAUAAUAGAAGUAAAUGGGCCAUCUCAUUUAAUAAAACAAGACAAUUUAAAAAUGCUAAAUGCAUAUUUCAACAGCACAGAACGCUCUGGAGGAGGAAAGGUUAUCAAAAGUUCGAUAGAGAAUGGAUGCGCAUAUUUUACCUUUGAAACCGGAGAAGUUGCAAGACGUGUUGCUUCCAAACGAAAUCAUAGCCUCAAGAAAGGGCCAUUGGAUGUUCGAAUUUUCGAAGGCUAUAUUUCACAUAAAAGAGCAUUGUCAUCGAGAUCCAGAUCAAAAACAAUAGAGGUGCAUUCGAUAGAUGAAAAGGCCCUGGAAACGAUGCAGUUGUAUUUCGAAAAUUCGAAACGUUCGGGAGGUGGACAUAUCAUUGACUGUAAAAUGGACUCAAGGAGAAACUGCGCUUUCUUUACAUUUGAAAAAAAAAACGAUGCCCGUAACGUUGCCGCUAGAAAUCAUUGUAAGUUUGGAGUAGAUGUGAAGCUUUUAGACGAUGAAAUGGAUGAGGGGUCUCCAAUGAACAUGACGAAAAAUCUACAUGAAAAUACAAAAACUGUGAAAGUGAUGAAUGUUGGUAGGGAUAUUAAAGGCGAAACCCUUCAAUUUUAUUUUGAAAAUACGAGUCGUUCUGGUGGUGGAGAAAUUGAAUCGAUUACUCGAUAUGAUGACGAUGACCAACUUGUCUAUUACAUCACAUUUGUCUCUGAAAAAGAUGCAGUGUCUGUUUCCGCAAAGUCACAUCUUGUUCAAGAGCACACUCUACGUGUAAUGCUCUACGUUCAACCACCGGCGUAUGAAAAUAAACUUCUGAUCAAGGGCCUAAGUGAAAAAACAACCAAAGAAGGACUGGAACAUUAUUUGGAAGCAACAGCGUGUUUACAACCAGUGUCUAUCUCAUUUUCGGACCACGAUGAUGACAUAGCCUUGGUAACAUUUAAGUCUAAACCAGAUUUUGAAAAGGUUACAAAUGUAUGCCAAAGUAGACCUUUAGAUGGAGCAGAACUAAGAAUUUCCAAAGUGCCUGUUUCCAACUGUAUAUUCGUUAGCAAUAUUGCAACAGAUGUAACGGAAGACACGGUGAUGUUUUACUUCGAGAAUACAAACAAAAGUGGAGGGGGCACAGUUGAAAAAGUAACCUUUAAUAGACCAGAAGGCACAUGUCUCGUAUACUUUGCCGACUACAAAGUAAUUGAAGAGGUCAUUUCUCGAAACCACGAACUUAGCAGACAAAGUCUUACUGUCAACCGAUAUUUAGCGUGCUUAAAAGGAUUUGAAAGUAAUGUAGAAAGAAAGCUCGUCAUACCUGGUCCAUUGUAUGUUGCAUUUUCGGACGUCGAUGGACUACCUUAUUUAUCUAAGACUGGCAAAAUGGCAGAACUCGUUGAAGAGGAGCUACGAAAACACCACACAACAAUUAUUUGGCCAUUAGGCAAAGAAGACAAGCAUGUAAAGCUGGAAUGUAUCUUAACAAAAGAUGUCAGUAGAUGCUACCAGUUGGCCAAGAACUGGGAGAUGCAGAGCAAAAAAUGUUUGAUAGAUAUGAUGAAUCAAUUUUCAUUGCGAAGGAUUGAUAUUUUGCAAGUAGUAUGGCAACGGGUAAUCGACUUUGUGAAAACAAUUAAAAUUGAAAACCCACAAAAUGUUUCUUUGUUUUAUGAAAAUGAAAACCCUAUUGUUGUGUUUGGAAGACCUGAUGCCGUUGAAUAUGUUGAUGAGGCCAUAAAGUCGAAGGUUGAUGAACUUACACGCGAUGAGGUUGAAAAGAUAGAACAAAAGACAUAUUAUAGUCAAAUUAAAUUGAAGUUCAUGAUAAAACAUGGAAUCAAAGAAGACAUCCUUAAACAGUUUAAUGAUCUUAGAAUACACACAGAUGACACUUCGGGUGAAAUUGCUUUUAUAGGUCCGGUGAGAUCCGUUUCCAAAGCUACUGCGUUCACUUCCAAGCUGUCUAGGUCCCUUUUCACCAGAACUUUGGAAAAUGUAUCAGAUAGAGCAUUAAACUUGUACAAGUCAAAGGAGGCCACAAACUACAUACAAAAAAAGUUGAAAGAUAACAAUAAAUAUUGUGUAUUUGAUGUAGUAGAUAAUACCGUUCUUACUUGUGGCAAAGAUAAAACAAUGCUUGAAGACUGUAUAAAACUCAUUGAGGAGUCAGUCUUAGAAUGUGAAAUAAAAUGUCAGAGAGAUCACGUGCCUGAUUUUAAGUCUGAGUCUUGGGAGCGUUUAGUAGCUAGUAUUUUGGCCAAUAAUGAAGGAAAAGUCGAAAUAUGCUUGCCGGACGACACUGAAUAUGUUUUGGUAUGUACAACUGACGAUUUGAAAGAUGAUGUUUGCAAGGAGAUCCAGAAUUUCAUCCUUUCUCAUACUAUAAAAUCACGAAGAAUAUCCCAUUCCCCAGAAGAAAGUAAGUUCAUAGCAACAUAUCGUCAACGUGAACUGGAUAAAAUCGCGACUGGACUGUCGAAAUUCUAUGUUGAAAUCAAAGCUAUUAACUACAAUAGUUUUGAAUUCUGUGGACUGGAUGAGGGUGUUAACAUUGCAAUUAAGGAGUUUGAAGCUCUUGCUGAUAGUGUUAAAAGAAGGAGACACAAGGUACAAAAACUGGGUAUAAGGGAUCAUAUUACAUCUCCAAAAGGGAACGAAAUUCUGCAUACAAUUGAAAAAACAUUGGAAUGUGUCAUAGUUGUCGAAGAGGAAGCUAGAUGGAAAAUAACAGAAGGUUGCAAUGUUUUAGCCGAGUGUGAAGCGUUUCUAGGUCGAAAAAUUUACGCUUGCCUAGGAGAUAUAACGAAUAUUAAGACAGACGUCCUCGUGAAUCCGCAGGAUGAAGACAUGACGUUCUCAGGCAGGCUAGGAAGUGUUAUCUGUUCUAAAGGUGGACCAAGCAUUCAACGAAGCUGUAAUGGACAUGGUAAACUGAAGAAAGGGGAUGUAUUCAUCUGUGAUGGUGGAAAGUUAAAAGCAAAGUACACUGCAAAUGUGAGAAGCCAAAGUUGGACUGGAGGCCAAAACGAAGAAGAAAAGCUUUUGACCAUGACAAUUUGCAAAUGUUUACAUGAAUCUUCGUUAAAACAAACAGCAAAGUCAAUUGCUUUUCCGGCGGUUGGAUGCGGUAGCAACGGAUUUCCAGCGGAUGUUACCGCAAGAUGUCUUGUGAAGGCAAUCAGAACGUAUUUUCAAGACAAUAAAGAGAGUCAGAUAGACACUAUUUUCCUUUGUGAUAAAACCAUGCGUACAGUGACAGGUUUUUCUGAGGCUCUUUCUUCAGAAUUCGGAUAUAAAAAUGUUAUUAAACAUGAUAUCCAAGUCGAAUAUGAAGCAAAGGCAACUGGCACUCAAUUGCAACAACAUGGAGACAUUACAAACAGCAUGCCUUCGAAAUCAAAAGUAUCUCGUAGAAAACGAAUGAGUGCUGAAAACAGAAUAACUGGAAAUAAAAGUGCUAAACAUUCUGGAGGAUCAAAGUCAGGAGAUGACUUUCGAUAUGGAGGUGUUAAGAUUUCAAUCAUCAAAGGCAAUAUUGCGGAACAAAGAGUUGAUGUAAUUGUAAACACAGCAUCAAGGAAUCUCGAUUUAUCUCAAGGAGCUGUUUCCAAAUCUAUUUUGACCGCUGGUGGCGUAGGUCUCAAAAAGGAAAUUGCUACAAAAUAUCCAAAGGGGAUUAGUGGGACAAAUGUAGCGAUUACAUCAGGUCACAAAUUAAACUGUUCGAUUUUGAUUCACAUCGCACUGGAUCAGUUUGAUGCGAACAACGUCACUGGUAGUAUGAAUGACCUACAUGAAGUAAUUGGCAACUGCUUCAAAGAAGCACAACGUAGUCAUCAUUCCAGUAUAGUAUUACCAGCCAUGGGCACCGGAAAUCUAGGAUAUCCAAGGGAUUUGGUUGCCAAAGAGUUAUUCGUUUCAGCUUUAGACUUCUGCAAACAAAACCCACGAACUAGCAUUAGCGAUAUUAUAUUUAUAGUCCAUCCGUCGGACACCGCUAGUAUACAGGUAUGACUAUUCACCAUGGAAAGUAGUUUUCCUUACUAUUUAUUCACCGGGAAAUAACAGCAGACUUAUAGGAGUUUUCUAUAAUUUAUUUUUUUCUAAUAAUCAAAUCAAUUCAUAGAUAAAUCUCAGAAAUCUACUGCUGUGAUUUCAUGGCAACUGAAUAUUUAUAUACAUGUAUUUCAUUCCUGCAAGAGGAUUUUUAUUGAUAUGUAUAUAACUGUGAUAAAGGAAAUGUAUCUGUUUGAGAUGUAGGGCAGAAACAUCAAAGGGACAUAUAUUUUUUUUUUUGUAUUUCAUUUUACAUUUAGCAGUGAUCUGGACUGGAUUGCUAAACAAAGGUCCAAUAUAAUGUUUGCCUAAAUAUAGAACAAUAGAAUAUUGAGGUUCCCUGCAAACAGGACCUCUCACACUUAAGGUUGACACUGUACCACACCGCUAUAACAGCAGGCUCUAUAGCUAGAAAGUGUUAGUGUGUCCUUAGAAACUCCAUUCGACUACCUUAUGUAAACUGAUUCCAUUUGUACGAAAGACCAGUGGUGAAAUUUCAACUUCACGAUUUCUCGAUUUCACGCAAGGAUUUCACGAUUUUUCAAAUUAAACAAAGUUACAUUUACAUAACAUUGCUGUUACUGUCAUAAUGUGGGGAAGUGCCAACUAAAACACAUGGGGUUUGAACUGCCUUGACAAAAAGACUAAUAGGCAAUGUAAUCUUGUUGUUCAGACGAUAAGAUAUCUUUAAAAAUUCUUACCUUUAUGUCAUUCAAGUGAACAUAUUGCAUGCAAACAUUGAGGACCAUCAGGCAUUAUGUUAUCUGCUAAUUAUGGAUAAGCUUUAUAUGUGGUGAUUUCUGUUUAGUUAUCUAAGAUAUAUAUAUAAGUAUUACCAUGUAGCAGUGUUAUCUUUUAUCCAGAGUCACAAUUUGGAAACAUUUUAUAGAGAUUUUAAAACUCAUUGCCAAAGAAUUUUAGUUUCAGUUAUUUAGAGAACACAACCUUAACAAAUAAAAUUUACUUUCUUUGUCUUAAGUAAGAAUCAUAAACUAGUGUAACUAAUCAUUUAUGCACAAAUUUUUCAGUGUAUAUGAAAUGCUCUUUUUGACUCAAAUAAGUGUCAUAAUCCCAAUAUUUGGACAAAUAGUCAAGAGGGUCAUAUCGGCACUGAAUAUCUUGGCCCUGAUUAUCAUUGCCUCUAAUGACAAGAUCAAAACAACCUUACUGAUCAAGAUUCAUGAUAUCCCAGUAUUGAACUUGACCUAGAGAUCAUUAUGACCAACAUUAUGAUGAAGUAUUAUGUUAACUGGACAGUUAAUCAGAUGACAAAGGGAUAUCGUUUUUCCUUUAAUUUUUUGACCUACUUUUUAAGUUGCCUGUAUAACCUUGUUUUUGUUUUCCUACUUUUAGAACCGACAAGGUUUUAAGUACCUAUUCUGUAGCCGGUAAUGGGCAAUUUUCCCAAUUAAAGGUAUUUUUUUCCCAAUUUCAGCAAAAAUAUCCUAAUUACAGUCUUAAAAAGAAAAACUUAAAAGACCAGUAUUUUGACUUAUAACUUGAAAGGUGAUUUAAAGUAUCAGGCUGAUUAUACAUUGAAAACCACUAUUUAUGUUUUAUAUCAUAGUUUUGUGCGUCCAUAUUACUUUACAAAGUAGAUUUUUCACACUUUUGUUCAAAACGACGUAAAAAUACCCAAUGCCAAGGGAUAUUGGGUUAUAUUCCCAAUUUGAUGGGAAAAAGUCCUACAUGAAUGACAUUUAAUCUAGACAGAAGUCGAUAGAAGCAUUCUUAAAAAAUUUAUAUGAGUGUUAAAUUUAAGUUUUCCUUUGAUCUGGCUUUAUCACGUACAUUUCACAUUUGACCUAGAAAUCAUCAAGACAAAUAUUCUAAUUGAUAUUUAUGAUAGUUUUACCUAAAAAAGGGAACAAGUUUCAUCCGGUGCAGUGGUCAAGUUUUUGACUCUAUAUGACAAAAUUCUGUACUUGACCUAUAUCUUAAAAAACGAAACAUUUAGUUUAAAUUUCAUGUUGAUUUAACUGAAAUGUUGUCUCUGUACUGCUAACAAGAAAAGUGUGAAUAAACAACACACUUACACCAGACAAAAGAUGAUUACAAUAGCUGCAUCACUUCAAAGUAAACUGCAGUUAAUUCUGCAAAUUUUUGCGCUAGUAAGCUAUUAAUCAUUUCCUAUUUUGUAGAUUAGCAUCUACUGAACUUUUUCUGAUAGUGUCGCAGUUUAUGAAUGAUGUCGAUUGCAAUUGGCCGUUUUCAUAAGUCAUAAGUCAAACACAUUCUCAAUAGUUUAAGAAACAGACUCUCUACAUUCUUGGAUUAUUUAGACUUUUAGGCAUUCCUUGUCUCAUAUUUUGUUCAAGUACUUCGAUAUCAUUAUUUUCAUCAUUUUGGACAUCAUCGAUGGCACACGUAAGUUUCCAAAUGCCUUUCCAAAAACAAAGUCGUAAAAUCAAGAAGUCUGGAUAUCUUGAAAACUUUAACUUAAAUCGAGAAAUCGUGAAAUUUUAAAUUUUGAAGUUAACACGAGAAAUCAAGAAAUCGUGAUAUCGUAAAAUCUUGAAAUUGUGAAGUAAAAUAUAAAAACAGUGAACUUGUGAAGUAAUAUAGAGAAGUCGUGAAAUUGUGAAGAAAACUCGUGAAAUUGUGAAGAACACUCGAGAAAUCGUAAAAUAGUGAAAUCGAGAAAUCGUGAAAUUGUGAGGAAAGCUCGAGAAAUCGGGAAAUCCUGAAAUCGAGAAAUUCAAAAAUAAAAUCGAGAACCCUCUAAAUCGUGAAAUUUUGAAGGCGUGGAAUCGAGAAUCGUGAUUUUUGAAAUGUCACCACCGGUCUUUUGUAAUUUUGUGAUAAUGACAAUAUCUGUGUACUCUGGACUAUCAGAGUAUUGGCUUUGCUACGGCAAUUUCCGAGUACACAAUAAUGCGAGUUUUUCCAGAUUUUUUUUUUGGUUAAACUGCCCAAAUUUCUUUUACUUGUUUUUAGUGUAUUAACUUACUAACAUGUUGUAACAGACAUCAAAUAUUUAAUAUUUGCCCUUUCAGCAGCAGGCAAACGUCGAAGACAGCGAGAUUCGCCCAAAAUUCAGUAAAAAUUUUAUGAGUUUUGUUAGGAUUCAAUUGUUAGGAAAUUACAGUUGCAAGCUAAAUCCCUGCAUCACACAUAUUCAUUAGCAUAUGCUGUCAUUUAGUAUUAUGAAUAAGGCCAGCUGUCAUUAAUGCAUUUCUAGAUAUAAAUUUCAUAUUUACAUAUAUUUGUUACCGAUGGAUCAAAGACGCGAAGAACACUUUGUACAGUCUCUGCAACAAUAACGUUUUAAGCAACAACUGCCUUUGGUUAAUCCAUGCAUCGUUUAAACUCUAACUUGGUUAAAUGAAUAGGUAAUAGUGUCUCAUUUCCAGCAAGUAUCAAACUUAAUGCGUAUAAGCAAUAGUUGAAAUUAUAUUUGCGUAAAUAACAUUUUUACGUGGAUGGGGCUUUCUUCUGUGAAAAUGCCAUGUGUUAAAGUCAGUUAGACUUUCCAACGCUAUCUUUCUACACUCACUUGCUAACAGUAAACUGAUAUUGACUUCUGACAACAGAAACAAAAACAAAAAAUAUGAGUUUUCCAACAUUUUCACUUGAUUAAAACUGAUUUCUCUUAUGUGCUUUUAGAGUAUGAACUUACCGAUAUUUAUUACUAGACAUCAAUUAUUUUAUAUAAUUUUAUUUGUCCUUUAAGCAGUAAAGAGUUUAAAGGGUCAUUUUUACAUAUCUUUGUUACCGGUGGAUUAAACACGUGAAGAACUCUCUGUACAGUCUCUGCAAUGAUAAUGUUUUAAGCAACAGCUGCUUUUGGUUAAUCAAUAACUCGUUUAAAGUCUAACUUGUUUAAAUGAAUAGAAAACAGUCUCUCAUUUCCAAGAAGUAUCAAUCUUCAUGCUUAUCAGAAAUAGUUGAAAUUACAUUUGGGUAAAACCAUUUUUACUUGGAUGGAGCUCUCUUUAUCAAAAUUUGUGAUUUUGGUGGGGGUUUGUACACAUUUCAUUACCUUUCUGGAGCCGACGUUGUCAAAUCGAGUCUCUUUUUAUUAUUCUUGCUUCCAAAUUAUAUUCUUAUGAAUUUCAUUAACAUUCACAAAACCUGUGGGACAGUCGUAAAAAAUAAGGACAGUGCAACUGUUGAAAUUACGUUUGGGUAAAUAACAUUUUAACGUAGAUGGGGCUCUGCAUAUCAAAAUGUGUGACUUUGGUGGGUUUUUGUACGUAUUUAAUGACCUAUAUAGAGCAGACACUAUCAAAUCGAAUCUCUUUUAAUUGUACUUGCUUUAAAAUAAUUAUAUUCAUAUAUAUUUUAUUAACAUUCACAAACAACGUCUUUUAAUGAUUUGGGACAGCCGUAUAAAAUCAGGACAGUUUUGUUAUUAUUUCUUUACCUUAAGGAUCAUCCAAUGUUAUUUUACAAAGCGUUCUGCUAAAGCCGUGGCCUUGGGCUGUCAAGGGUGUUACACGUUUUAUAUCCGUUCAUGAAAAAAAAAUCUUUUGUCAGUUUACUUAGUUGCUAUCUAUGCGUACGAUGGAUCUUCUUAAAGAUUAAAUUGGUAUAUGAUAAACAUGUGGAUAUUUUUGUGAAACGAUGCUUAGCAUCCAUCCAUAUACUGUCUUUUUUCAAAUUUCAAAUAAUAUACCCCACCCAUUUGUCUCUCUAGUCGUAGCUUUCAUACACCGUGACAUAUUAUGUCGAGCGCUCAAAAUAAAUCAGUGUACUUAAAUAAAGCCGUGACCUAAGCAUACCGUCGUAAUUGAUGGAACAACAACAAAAACUACUGUUUUAUAAAAAGAAAUAUCGUUUCCAUAAAUGUAAUUGAAAUAUAAAACUUAUCAAGGUCUAUGAAGGUAAGACUGGAGGAAAAAGUGUGCUGGUACAUAUUUAUUUUGUGACAAAAGGACAGUAAAUAGAUGAAUGUUUAGCGCAUCAUUAAACAAAAGGCAUAACUUAAUUGUUUUUAAUCAUAAUUUGAAAAUAGGAAUAAAAAAAUUAUUUAAAAUCAAAAAUCAUAUUUGCACAACUGCAAGCUCAGACUGAAAACAAUUUACUUGCACAACAAAGUAUCAGUGAACAUCAAAUACAUUCUUUAUCAAACGAAAUCGUUAUCACUAAAAUGUAUGGUGUUAAAUAAGUAACAUAAGGGUACAAUGUAACUAAUAAAAAUGUAUAUAUACGAGGGUCUUGCAAAAAGUUCUGUUUUUGGGUUCGGAUUUCUUAAGUAAUAAGUUUAUUCAAAAUUGUUUUUAUUACAACCUUCAAAGUAUUCCCCCUUUACCGAAACACAGUUUUAUAAUCUUUUUACCCCAUCGCGAAAAUCAGAUUAAUAGUUUUCUUUUGAUAUCUGUUUUAGAUACUAAUAAAUAGCGCUGCCAAGAGAACAUCGAAAGCAUUUUCUUAAGCCUUGAGAAUAAUAUAUUCUCAGGGACUCCGGUCAGGUGUAUAAAGUGGAUGAUUUACAACUUCCACCUUCUGAGAAGCCAAAAAAAAAAAGACUUAACAACAUCGAACUUGUGAGAGGAGGCGUAGAUGUAUAUACGUUGGACUCUUGGUCAUGUUUUGCUUGGACGUUUCUUAUUGUAAAACGUUUUCACUUUCAUCAGUACAAGGUACUUGUAGAAUCGUCCAGUGACUGUAUGACCAUGACACUUUCAAGAACGAAUGGCUCGCAAGAAUUGGAGAAAAUUACGUACAACAUCAUUUUUUGAGCUUGAUCUUUUCGCUUCCAUUGCUUGUUAGCAGCCCUCCUCUGUGGCUCAAACAUGUGCACACAGGUUUUGUCACCUGUUAGCAAUUUAGAAAUAACCCGACUAUCACAGUAUUUGCUUGUUUUCAAAAGUUCUAGGGCACGUUUGCCUUGGUAACAGAGGAUUAAGGUCUACCAGAACGGAUAUCAUCAAAUUCCUAGCUGUAAAGGCUUUAACUCGCCUAAAAACUGUGCGAAUUGAAAUGACGGGGGUCAAUAUAUAUCACACAAUUUGUCAAAUAUAUGCUUUGAAUCUAUAUAAAGCCUAAUGUGACAUUUAAUAUAGCUGCAAAUUACAGUCUUUUCGUCCAUUUUACAAUGUGAAGUAGAUUGGCCAGUGACUAUGACUAUGACUAUGACUACAUAUAUUUCAAUUUAAAAUAACGCCGUCAUUUGAAAACAGUUUGCACGAAAUAAAUGACAGCAGACAAGAUUUAAAGUAUUUGAGUACUGACUGAAUGUUUGACAAUUUACAGGAUAUUUUGUUUAGAGAACAAUUUUCGAUAAUCGUUCUUAUAAGAGUUACCAUAAAUUGUUAUGUACACGUCAUUUGCUUUUUUGCUUCAUUUUAUUGUCAUAUCAUGUAUAUUGAUGACCGAUUGGUUACUGAUAAAACCUGUUCUAGAUUUGAGACAUCAAGUAUAUCAGUAAGAUAUUUACAGACUAUGAUAUUUUUUCAAGAAGGUUUUAAAAUCACAGUUAUUCUGGAUUUUCUAGAAUCUUCUUUUUAUUCUUGGUGAUGAAAGUGCUGGAAACUUGCAUGAUGCUUUAGAUAAGAAGCUGUCUGAGGACAGGGCAGAACCUAAAGGGAGAUUUUAUUUUAAAAAAAUACCUGUUUUUUCUUUAUAUAUAUAGCAAAUAUUACCGGUUUUGAAUUCACUUUUGAUUUAUAUAAACUAACAUUGUUUAGAAAUUUAUUUUCGAAGAGAGGAAUUAUAUUCCUGGGAUAUACUAAAUUCAGUAGACUGUGUGUGAAAUAUUUUGGAAUCUAUACUGAUUGGAUUUAAAUUUGACCAGGACAGGAAAUGGAGUAG